ACUAGCUAGUUAGCUAGUAGAUGUAUGUACAUGUAUGUAUGCAGUUUAGGGCGUUGGAUCUUUUGGAAGGUUGUCCGAUGAACUUUGGAAGCUUUUGAGGAGAGAGGAUCCAGACAGUCUCACAAUUUCCAAAAGCUGAAAAGCAAAAGCAACCCACUACUAACACCCAUCAAUCAAACCAACCCAACCCCCACAAACUCUCAAUUUGAUCAUCCUCAGAACCUCUUCAACUCCUUUCAAGCCUUCACAUACCUUCAAAUACCUUAAGUUAAGUAAAGCCAAGCUAAGUAUAAACCAAGCCAAGAUGAGUACCUCCUUCAGUGUCAGCGCCUACAGCCACAUGAGCUCCGCCUUUGACAACGUGUCUCCCAUGAGCGUGAUCAUUGGAAGAGGCCGCAAGAUCCGUGAGCAUCCUGGCAACCAGCGCUUCUACGCCCUUGUUCGUUCCUGCCUGGAAGCUUACGCCACUGCUCCUACCAAGACCAAGAAGAGUCUGAUCAUCCUCAAGAUCCUCAAUGACGUUCGCUCUGCUUGCAACAACGAAGCCAACUUUGUCAAGCUGGACACCAACACGGGAGAGUACUACCCAGUCGAAGAGUCCGCCGCUCGAAUCACCAUUGCUCAGGCGCUCAGGGAUUCUCUCAAUGAACACUACAAGAGCUCCAAGCAGCACAAACAGCGUCGUCGUCUCAUUCAGAAGAGAGCUACUGCUUUCUCUGCUGCUGCUGCCAAGAACACCUGGAACUCAUCAAGCAACUCCAGCAUCAGCAGUGCCAGCAGCACCACUUCCUCCUGCACUCAUACUGGCAAUACCAACAUGAUGGAUGCCAUGAGCAUGAACUUGAACUUGAACCUGAACUCUGUUCUCCAAGACAUUCAGCCUUUGGCCAUGGCAAGACCCACCCUCGCUCUCACCCGUCAAGUCUCCAAUGGAAGUUCCAACAGUGCUGCUUCUUCCAACAACUCUGCCAAGAUGAGCAGUCUGCGCAGCAUUCUCGAUCAAGCGGUGGGAAUCUCCAAGAACCACCAUGUUGCUGUUACCGGUACUACACAAGAACAAGAAGAAACCGUCAUGGAUGACGUUUUCAGCUCGCUCUUCAAGGCUUUCGGACCUUCUUCCAAUGCCAAUGUCAACCCAUUCGAGCCUACUCCCAUUGCUGAACAACAGCAGACAGCAUUGUUCAGUGACAAUGCUUCUUAUGGAAGCAUCGAACAAGACUGGGAACCAUUUCCUAUCCGCUUGUAAACAGCCCUUCCACUUCCUUCAGACUCCUCUUGUUCACAACUAUUUUACUUCUUUUGUACAAUCACUGCUUUCUUCCAGCUUCCUGCUCCUCCUGAACAUGUAACUGUACAAACAAACGCAGAAAGGCAGCAACACGAACAAACACAUCGCUGCAAAACCAAAACAUACAAUGAUAUUCACAUAAACUACUCAAACUAUAGACUCUUAUCACUAUUACUGUU